UUUCUUAAUCUUUUCAAAGUUAUAAUAGGAAAAGGAUUAACAAAAGCACGUAUAUAUAAAACAGACGUGCUUGUUUUUCUCAAACCUCAAAUCCUUAACCUCUCUUUCUUGUACACAAGAAGUAACAUGGAGAUGAAUAAAUGGAAUGGAAAGGCUUAUACUCGGAGCUAUUACGAGAUUCUAGAGAAACGGAGGAGCCUACCUGUGUAUGCGCAGAAACAAGAGUUUCUCCAAUGUUUGAUGAGCAACCAGACAGUGAUACUUGUCGGUGAAACCGGUAGUGGUAAAACAACACAGAUCCCACAGUUCGUUUUGGAAGCCGUGCACGUGGACGACGCAGGAAAAAACCCUAGAAAGUGGCUGGUCGGGUGCACACAGCCUCGUAGAGUUGCAGCCAUGUCUGUGGCAAGUCGUGUCGCUGAAGAGAUGGAUGUAGCUAUCGGUGAAGAAGUAGGUUACACGGUCCGUUUCGAGGAUUGCACUAGCUCCAAAACAGUGCUCAAGUACUUAACCGACGGUAUGCUUCUGAGAGAAGCAAUGACGGAUCCGCUUCUACAGAGAUACAAAGUGUUGGUUCUCGACGAGGCCCACGAAAGAACGUUAGCUACGGAUCUACUCUUUGGCAUUCUGAAACGAGUCUUGAGAAACAGACCGGACCUUAAGCUGGUUGUGAUGAGUGCUACUUUGGAAGCUGAAAAGUGUCUCGAGUAUUUUAGCGGUGCACCUCUCAUGAAAGUCCCCGGCAGGCUCCAUCCCGUAGAGAUCUUGUACACGCGAGAACCUGAGAGAGACUAUCUCGACGCUGCUGUUAGGACCGUUGUUCAGAUUCACAUGUUUGAGCCGCCUGGUGACGUUCUUGUUUUCUUAACCGGUGAGGAAGAGAUUGAAGAAGCAUGCCGAAAAAUCGUCGGUGAGCUUGGGGAUCAAGUCAACGUCGUGCCGUUGUAUUCUUCUCUUCCACCUGCUAUGCAACAGAAGAUCUUUGAUCCCGCUACGGGGAAUAGGAGAAAGAUUGUUGUAUCCACCAACAUCGCAGAGACUUCUUUAACCAUCGAUGGGGUUGUCUACGUGGUUGAUCCUGGUUUCGCUAAGCAGAAACUAUACAACCCUAAAACCCGUGUUGAGUCGUUGUUGGUGUCUCCUAUAUCACAAGCAAGUGCUCGCCAACGAGCAGGUCGUGCAGGUAGAACACGGCCUGGAAAAUGUUUCAGGCUUUACACAGAGAAGAGUUUCAACAACGAUCUGAUUGCGCAGACGCAUCCUGAGAUAUUGAGAUCGAACCUUGCAAACACUGUUCUGACCUUGAAUAAACUUGGUGUGGAUAACUUGGUUAGCUUCGAGUUUAUGGAUUCUCCUGCUCCUGUGACGCUGGGUGGGGCCUUGAGCGAUUUGGUUGAUCUUGGAGCAUUAGAUGCUGAUGAAGGUAAGUUCGGUAACUUGACAAGGACAGGUGAGAUGAUGAGUGAGUUUCCUUUGGAUCCGCAGAUGGCAAAGAUGCUCAUAGUCAGUCCUAAAUUCAACUGCUCCAACGAGAUCCUCUCGAUUUCGGCGAUGCUAUCAGUACCGAACUGCUUUAUAAGGCCUAGAGGAGAGGCUCGGAAAGAAGCAGAUGAGGCCAGAGCUAGGUUUGGACACGUUGAUGGAGAUCACCUGACGUUGCUGAAUGUGUACAAUGCUUAUAAACAAAACAAUGGAGACUCGAACUGGUGCUACGAGAACUUCAUCAGCCAUAGAGCAAUGAAGUCUGCGGAGAAUGUUAGAGAGCAGUUGGUGAGGAUAAUGUCCAGGUUUAAUCUCAAGAUUUGCAGCUCUGAUUAUACUAGCCGCGACUACUAUAAUAACAUAAGAAAGGCAUUGCUUGCUGGCUAUUUCAUGCAAGUGGCUCAUUUAGACCGCACUGGCUGCCGCUACUUGACCGCCAAAGAUGACCAAAUGGUUCACUUGCAUCCAUCGUGUUGCCUGGAUUACAAACCGGAGUGGGUAGUCUAUAAUGAAUAUGUUUUGACUAGUCGGAAUUUCAUCCGGACUGUCACAUAUAUUCGAGGUGAAUGGCUAAUGGAUGUUGCACCACAGUGUUAUCAUCUUAACAACUUCAAAAACUGUGAGACCAAACGAGUCCUCCAGAAGCUUUCUAAGAAGAGAGACAGAGAGGGGAAUCCAAAGUGA